AUGGGCAAACCGGACGAGUCGUCAUCUUCGCAACAAGACGAACGCACCUUUGAUGCCGCAAUACCCGCCGGAAGUGGCGCCGAGCCCUCCUCAUCGGUGCCACGUGGCAACGACGAGGAUCCGGAAAAAGAGGAAGACGAUGGGUGGGUCUACGAUUCGAACGAGGAGGAGGAGGACGAAAUGAUCCUAAUCCGCGGUGCUGACGUCAGCGGCCACGGAGCCGCGCUGGAUCUGCCCGAGGGGACGGAGGCGCUGAUGCGCGCCGCGGAGGAGGGCGACUCGGACGCUCUGAGGGACGCGAUUCGUACGUCCGUGUUUGGGCGCGAUCGGCGCGCGCUGAGCGGGGGAGGGGGAAUUGAAGGGAAGGAGAGGGGAAAGGAGAGGCUCGGGGAGGGCGUGUUAGUGGCGCUGGACUCGCCAGGCGAGGAUGGCAAGCACGGCGCCUCAUGCCUCCCCCACUGCCUCCCAACCCCCCUUUCCCCCGCGCCUCUCUGCCCUCCCUCGCCCCUCCCCUUCUUGCGGCCCCUCCCCGCUUCCCCCAUCAGAGGGCGUGUCAGUGGCGCUGGACUCGCCAGGGGAGGAUGGCAACACGGCGCUGCACCUGGCGUGUCUCUGUUGCUUGCCGCUGGAGCUGCGAUCGAGGCUCGGGACGAGGAUGGGGCCAUUCCUCUCCAUGACGCUUGUGCUGGAGGCUUCUUGAAUGUGAUUGGCAUGCUUCUGGCGGCAGCGAGCGAUGCGGAGCAGCGGCGGCGCAUGAUUGCCGCACAGGACUGCGAUGGGGAUACGCCCCUACACAACGCGGCAAGGGGCGAGCACCCUUCGGUCUGCCGCCUGCUGUUGGAUGCCGGAGCCAACCCUGCCGCCCCCAACUAUGCCGCCCAGGUGCCAUGGCAGCUAGUGGAGGACGACAGUGAGUUGCGCUCCUUCCUGCAAGCUGCAGCUGCCUCUGCAUCUGCUGCCUGA